AUGGACCAGAUCUCACAUACGUGAGCCACGAUUCACCUAUUGGUUCUCUCCUCGCGCGAAUCCCUCUAACAUUUCUUAUAAAAAAGAGAAGAGAGAGAGAGGGCCAGCCACUUUCAAUUUCAGCGUCAGAACUGAGUCGCUGCCAGAGAAUAACAAGAACGCCUUUUUCUUCUUCCGUCUUAGAUCUCGAAGAGUCCUCCUCCAACGCUUCCGCCACAAUGGCCGCUGCCACAUCAUCCCACACCGUCCGAUCUUUUUCCACUGCACGAUCAUCACCGUCGCCAAGACCGCGGACGCGAUUGGCCGUACGAUCCAGCAGCCUUUCCCUCCCGAUCCUCACCCACCUAAAGAACAAGUGCGCCACGCCUAUCCCCGUCCUCCGCCACGUGGUAGACGCCAUGGCCGAAGAUAUGCGUGCGGGUCUGGCCUCCGACGGAGGCAGCAACCUCAAGAUGAUCCUCAGCUACGUCGAUUCCUUGCCAGCAGGCAAUGAGAAGGGCCUUUAUUAUGCAUUGGAUCUCGGCGGUACAAAUUUCCGAGUGUUGAGGGUGCAAUUGGGAGGCAAGGAAGGCCGCGUUCUUGAUACCGAAUUCGAGCAAGUAUCAAUUCCUCAAAAUCUAAUGUUUGGCACCUCUGAGGAAUUGUUUGAUUUUAUUGCUUCUGGGCUAGCAAAAUUCGCCCAAAAGGAAAGUGGAAGAUUUCACCUGCCUCCUGGGAGAAAAAGGGAGAUUGGUUUUACAUUUUCUUUCCCUGUAAAACAAACUUCUAUUGAUUCUGGCAUUUUAAUCAAAUGGACAAAGGGUUUUGCAGUCUCUGGGACGGCAGGAAGAGAUGUUGUUGCCUGUUUGAACGAAGCAAUGGAAAGACUGGGGCUAGAUAUGCGGGUAUCUGCACUGGUUAAUGAUACUGUUGGAACACUAGCUGGAGCACGCUACUGGGAUGAUGAUGUGAUGGUUGCUGUAAUUUUGGGCACUGGAACUAAUGCAUGCUAUGUAGAACGGACUGAUGCCAUUCCAAAAUUGCAAGGCCAGGCGAAUGGUUCUGGGAAAAUGAUUAUCAACACUGAGUGGGGAGCAUUCUCAAAUGGUCUACCUUUAACUGAGUUUGAUGAAGAUAUGGAUGCUGCAAGCAUAAACCCUGGUGAGCAGAUAUUCGAGAAGACAAUCUCUGGUAUGUACCUUGGUGAAAUUGCAAGAAGAGUGUUACUCAAGAUGGCUGAAGCAGAUGCUCUAUUUGGUGAUUCUGUCCCUGACAACCUUUCCACACCUUUUACACUGAGGACGCCCGAUCUCUGUGCUAUGCAGCAGGAUAACUCCUCCGAUCUAAAAGCAGUUGGAACAAUCUUAAAUGAUGUUGUUGGGGUACGGAGCUCCUCAUUGAGCGCAAGGAAGAUCGUUUUAGAGGUUUGUGACACUAUCGUGAAGCGGGGUGGACGAUUGGCUGGAGCAGGUAUUGUUGGCAUUUUGCAAAAGAUGGAACAAGACUCGAAAGGCCUGGUCUUCGGGAAGAGGACUGUGGUGGCAAUGGAUGGAGGUUUGUACGAGCAUUAUCCCCAGUAUAGAAGGUACCUCCGAGACGCUGUCAUGGAAUUACUGGGACCGGUUACCUCCAAAAACAUAGUAAUUGAGCACUCGAAGGAUGGUUCCGGCAUCGGAGCAGCGCUUUUGGCAGCUGCAAACUCAAGGUAUGUAGAUGAAUGCUAAGAGUGGUCGUUGACCAGAUCAGUAAGGCAUUCAUUUUUCUACAGUUUUGUUUUGUUGUCUACUUCCUUUCGGGAUUGUAAUUAAGGGUGUGUUUGGGUUCACUAUCUAAUUGAAUUGCAAUAAUAAUUUGAUAGAGUUGAAAUCACUAAAUUCUAAUUAGGGGUUGGGCUUCAACUUGCAAUUACAUUACAUUUCAAGUUGGAUUUGCAAUGAGUCUGCACUGCCAUACGAACUCUCUAUUUCAUUAUGAGUGCCUGGAAGCAUCGCUACAAUCUGGUCAUUUACUCAUUUAAACUGAAUGUUUACAAUUCAAUACGAUUGUGCAUCCAAACGCAACCUUAGUUGUUUCAUCAUCGUCAAAUCAAGAAUCAUGAUAUGUGUUUGAGGUGAAAAUCCAUAUUGUGAGUUCAUCCAUUACUGUCUACUAGUGUAAUCUACAACUUUGAAGAACAUGUCAACCAUUAAAAAUGUAUAUUUUGGUGUGAAUUUUUUUAAUAUUUGAUUCAAGUAAUGAAGACCUACAAUUUUUUAUU